UCAUUUCACUGUGUACUGGAACAGCAAUAUACAGUAUGUUUGAAAUGACAAUAAAAGCUUCUUGGUUUGACUUGACUUGACUAUGUAAAGAGUUCUACAGAGCUUGAAUAGAGAACUGAGUUUGUGGGGCUACUGGAAGGCGUGGAAGUGGUUUAGGUACUGUAGAAGUUUGCAGUGUUCAGACCAACGUCAGUCUGGCACGUAAAAGACCCUCUGAUGUGUGAGCAUAAAAAUAUCUGUGUGGAUUUCAAAAUGAAGCCUGUUCUGAUCGCAGUGUUUUUUAUCAAUUUGUCCACCUCUAUUCAGGAAGAACGUCAGGGCCGUUUACAUCCAGCGUAUAUUUACAAUGGUGGAGUGACCAAAGUGAAGGAAAGUGAAAACAUCAUCUUUAAGUGCUCAACUUUUAAUAUGACAGUUAAUAGAACAGAAAGCAUAAUCUCCAUGUACCUCUUUAAAAAUAAUGAGAGAGUCAAGAUGAAGGCUAUUGAAGAUACAAAAAUAGACGACACAACAUUUCUCCUUACAAAUCUUACUGUAGAACAUUCUGGAUUGUACACAUGUCUUUACUCUGAAGAGAACCUUAAUGUCCUUAAGACAAAUGCAACAGGACACAACUCUGUCUCACUCGAGGUUUGGGGUAAAAUAUUACCAGCGAGGAUUGAAAGUACAGAAACUUCAGUAACAAAAGGAGAAACAAUGAAACUGAUCUGCACCUUUACAAAAAUUCUAAACUGUGCUCAAGUCUACGUUUAUCUCUGUGUCAAUGGGAUCGGAAACAGCAAGAAGCAGGUGAACUGUAGCAACAGGAACAUUUCCACAACAUUUCACCUUAUAGUCUCUGAAAACUCUGUGAACUACAGCUGUGUGUAUUCAGUGUCUAACUACAAUGUCAGUGAGGUGAGAUAUACAGGAGAAAACAACAUCUUUGUCCAUGGAGGUGAUUUUUCCCAUAUCAUGCCAGCAAAUAUCAUCCUAAGAAAAGUUGGGCAAAACCUCGAACUAAAAUGUUCUAUUCCCGGUUUAAAAGCAGAGUUCAAACAAAUCCACAUGUAUCUGUGUAAAAAUGGUGAUGGUCUGAGAAUGAAGCUACUGAGAGAUAAAAAUGAACACAUCUUUAUUUUGAAUAAAGUCUCAGAAGAAGACUCAGGGAUUUAUAGCUGUGUGUACUCAUUACAAAAACACAAUCAAGACUUGUGCAAUACGACACACAAUCAAAUCCAGGUUCAUAUCUAUGGCCUGGUGUGGGAGAGAAAUCUUCUCAGGCUGAUCUUCUCAGUUGGAGUGCUGAUGCUUGCGUGCUUCAUUAUUAUUUUUGAUUUCAAGACACGUAACAGUUCAGAAGAACCAGAACUGCAGACCUAAUGUCUGGAACGGUGCUUUUUCUGUUUUUUCUUUUUUCUUUGUUCUUUCUUUCAUGUAAAAAAAUCAGU